GGGUGGGGGGAGCGGGGCGGGGAGAUGGAUAAACUGACCAUCAUCUCAGGAUGUCUCUUUCUCGCCGCCGAUAUCUUCGCCAUCGCCAGCAUCGCCAACCCCGACUGGAUCAACACCGGGGAGUCCGCGGGAGCACUCACUGUGGGCCUUGUGCGACAGUGUCAAACAAUCCAUGGACGAGACCGAACAUGCAUCCCACCUCGGCUGCCCCCGGAGUGGGUGACCACACUGUUUUUUAUCAUCAUGGGAAUCAUUUCAUUGACUGUCACAUGUGGUUUGCUGGUGGCUUCCCACUGGCGAAGAGAAGCUACAAAAUAUGCUCGAUGGAUAGCAUUCACUGGAAUGAUCCUUUUCUGUAUGGCUGCCCUAAUAUUUCCAAUAGGAUUUUACAUCAAUGAAGUCGGAGGUCAACCUUAUAAAUUACCCAACAACACAGUAGUUGGGUCAUCAUAUGUACUUUUUGUCUUAUCCAUUUUCUUUACAAUAGUAGGACUUCUGUUUGCUGGCAAAGUUUGUUUACCAGGCUGAUGAAUGUCUACAUUGCUUGACAUUUUAAUUAUUUUUUAUUUUAUUUAAAUUUUUUAUUUUUGGAGGGUGGGGAGGACAAAGGCAAGGCAUCUGAGUAGUCCUGGCUUAGAAAGAUGCUUAGAUGAAACUGAUGCUGAAAAGAAGAAGAAGAAGAAAAAAAAAAGCUUUGAUUUGUUCUCACUAUGCACUUUGGAUUUUUUUAAAAAAGAGAGCCUUUUCCGUAACCAAAUACAGACAAUAUUGACUAACCCCCUGAGCAUAUUUCCAGGCCGUCGGGUCUGCACUGUGGUAGUCGCCUAGGGAGGGAGAAUGCUUUCUGCUGAAAAGCAUGGGGCCCUUUGUGACUCUAUUGUUCCGUUUUUAACGUCUAAUGGUUCAUUUGAGGAAAAAAAUUCUAAGUAUUUAUGAAACAUGGUGGACCAGAGGGAUGCAAGAGAAGUUCCUGUGGGGCUGGCCUCACCUCCUAAGAAAUGAGUGUUCACAGCUUCCUUGUAGUUGUAUGAGCCUGUGGCACCAGAGGGGAUUGCCAUUGCGUUACUGCACCAAGAAGCCAAUAGAUCAAAACUUGUUUGCUAAAAUGUAUGUAAAAAUUCUGAAAUUCCCUAUUCUCUGUGUACAAAAAAAAAUAAAACACUAAGAAACAUGUUACUGGGGGUGGGGGGGGGGAAAUGUUCCUUAUAUUUAUAUAAAUAUAUAUAAUAUAUAUAUUUUGCUGAUGCAGUAUACAGUGUAUAUAUGUGUGUAUGUGUGUGUGUGUGCGUGCGUGCGUGUGUAAGUUUAUACACACACAUGCAAACGGUUCCUAGAAGAGAACUCUGAAUGCUUUGCUAGCAAAACACUGUGGUGUGCAAACCUAGAACUCAAUAGAAAAAAGCCAUUUAUCUGAAGGCUGCGUAGUGGAGAGAGUCUUCAGUUUACCUCAUUCUUUGUAACAGCCCUUGAUUUUAACAGGUUUUUGUAAUAGGUACAAAUAAUCCCGUGUCUGUCUAGGUGCAAUUUUAAGUUCAGCUAAAAUUCUUUGUAGGUUAAGUUGUUUGCAUGUGACAGUAGAAGGUAAGACCAUGUCAAACCUCGGAGUGAGGGAAUUUGGCACAAUUUAAAUUAUGGGCAGCUGUUGUUUGUUGUUCAGGUUCUUUGUCUACUGGUGUCAGUUCACAAUAUUCUGGCCAUUUAUUCCCCCCCCCCCCCUCCAGGAUCACUCUGCUGUAACAAUUAAGUGUGUUCUUUUCAUCCAUAGGCAUUAUUAUUAGCACAUCUCCUUUACCAAAACCCGAGCAAUACAACGUCUUUCAUGUGCUGUAAGCCUGACCUUCCUGUAUUUACGUGAAAGGGCUGCAAACCCACAGCUUUAUGUUUUUCCUAAAGAAGCAUUGCCGCUGGCCCUGAACCCACAUGUUGUUUUAAAAUACACAUUUCUCUUCUCCACGUCUCAGGCCCCGUGUCAGUGCAUAGUUGUUUUCCAGGUGAACACUGCAGGUAUCUCCUGUUUGAAACGUGGGGCAGGAGGGUCUUUCAUGCCAACGGAGCUAAGCGUUUUCUUCUUUAGAGGAAAUGGCAGUGCGAGUGUCCGGGCAGGAGAGCCCUGUGAAGUCCACGCACCGUGUAGUACAGCUCCACACACACACUGCUUUUCAGACGCUUAGGUCAUGGAGAAUGGGCACUUCAGAGCGGGGCUGCCGCCUCAGGUGUCCCAAGUGCGAAGUGGAGGAAGCUGCUCUUUUCCACGCUGGCUGGCUUCAUGUUUCUGCAUCUCACUGUGAGUUCAGCAGUAUUUUAUUGUGGAAGAAAACCCCAGUGUUGCAGCUCACUCAAGGGGGGUAAGAGGUGAGCCACCACUGAGGCGCAUUCCUGGAGUGUUAGGGGUGUCACACUUUUCCUUCCCAGGGCCAAAGAAACCUUAGAAGAUGCUUGAAAGAGACUCUCUUUCCCCAGUGUUGUGAUGUCUGGUCAGGACUGAGAGUACCACUGGACGUGUUCUGGGGGCGUUUGGGAUCGCUAUUCCCAGGGGGAUUUAUGUGACUGGUCCUCGGUCCCAUGGGUCACUUGAAGGAAAGCUUGGUUGUCACCAUUAUACCACUGAGAUAAAGUGUUAGCAAAGUGUGGUUCAAAUUAAUUUAUAUGACCGAGAGUUCUUCUCUUCCAAAAAGAUGCGUUUUAUUGUAAAUAGUUUCUCAAAAUAUUUUUAACUGGAUCAUGAGGAUGGGGAGAGAAAGUUUCUCAGCUGCUAAGAAUUUCCCCACUGUUUACUUCUUUCACUUACAGUGACAUUGCAGGAUGACAGAGCGUAAGGUUUACUUGUAUCUAUUACCCAAACCAUUCAGUUGACUAUAAUUUCAUCAUCAUCUCGGAGGUCCAGUGCAUAAAGGACUGACGGGGGAAACUCCCUACAACCAGUCAGCACCCGGUUAAAACCAUCCAUCACAGUGUGUGACGUCAGACCUUUGUAUUCUUCCAGACCAGACACUGAAAUGGACUCACUCAUAUAAAAUUCUAUACAUCCUGUAAGUGAACAGAGAGACAACUGUCAGCAGUUGCUUUUAAAAGGUCACAAUAAGUACUAUAUAGUACAGUAUUAAUUUAUAGCAGGAAAUCAUAGCUUGUAAACUGUAUAUAAAACACUGUUUUAUGGUGCAAUCAUUCGUCAAACUUUUGUCUGUUUGUUUUUAGAGUGUGAAUUCUCAUACCUAAGAACACACUGUAAAAUCUGCUGAAAACUAGUUAUAGGUUUUAUUUGCACAGGACUUAAUUAGUUUGAAUUUUUUGGAAGCUCCUAUUAAAUAUGCCUAAACACCUGUAAAUGUGGAAAAUCUUCCUUUCAUUAAAAGCAACAUUUCAGUAUGA